AUGGCUUACAACUACACCAAGAUGAAUACCGGACGCCCGGAGCCAAUCCAGCAACAGCAGCCGCCUCCUCAACCAGGCAAGAAGUACGAGCUGUCUGUUGAACAGCAACCGAUCCGAGCUCGAAUGUGUGGCUUCGGUGACAAGGAUCGAAGGCCGAUAACUCCCCCGCCCUGCAUCCGGUUAGUUGUCAUAGACAACCAGACAGGAAGAGAAGUCGACUUUCAGGAUAUCGACAGCACAUAUUUCGUCCUCAUGGUGGAUCUCUUCGAUGCGGCGGGACAAUACCAAAUGUAUGGCCCACCUCAGGCCGCCAUGAUCCCCGCUACGCCCAUUGGCUCAAACCACACGCGCAACCUUAUUGGCAUGAAUGCAGUCAACGCCUGCCGCCUCAACGACCUGGCAGGCAAGCCUGGCUUUUGGUUCGUGCUACAGGAUCUCAGCGUGCGCACCGAGGGCACCUUCCGGCUGAAGCUCAGCCUCUUCGAUAUUGGCGCCGGAGACGGCACAAACGGCACUGUCCACCUAAACGGACCCAGCAAAGGUAAAGGCCCGUGUCUUGCCACCAACUACACCGAUCCCUUUACUGUCUACUCAGCCAAGAAGUUUCCCGGUGUGAUUGAAAGCACCAAACUCAGCAAAUGCUUUGCGCAACAGGGCAUCAAGAUCCCCAUCCGCAAAGAUGGUGGGCCCAAAGUGCCCAAUCAGUCCGAGUUCGACGAGUAG